CACGUUAUUCCGCCAAAGGCGUUGAGGUUUUAGUAUUUUGACUUUCUUUUCUUGUUUUUUUGUGUGCAAAUGGCUUCACCAAAAUUCGGUCAACUUGUAUUCGAUCCUUCAAAUCACCAACUUCGAAUUGAAGUCAAUAUCUACGAUUCUUCAGAAUUCCCGAAUUUUUCCCUCAAUUGAAUUUUGCAUUCAUUGAUACGUUCAACUACCUACGAAUUGCAAAAAUUAAACCUUAGGGUUGAACUAUAAUCAAUUCAACAGUGAAAGGUUGCUUCUUACAAUGCUUAACAAGAGAUUCAAGAUAGCUAAAUGCAAGACGUCGUUAAAAUUAGCGACUUCGCGAAUUAAGCUGUUGAAGAACAAGAAAUUAAUACAGAUUAAUCAAAUGAAGAGGGAGUUAGCUCAAUUACUGGAGUCAGGACAGGAUCGAACUGCUAGAAUUCGAGUUGAACAUGUAAUCAGGGAAGAGAAGAUGAUUGCAGCAUAUGAAUUGAUCGAGAUAUAUUGUGAACUCAUUGUAGCACGUUUGCCUAUCAUUGAAUCACAAAAAACUUGCCCUAUUGAUCUGAAGGAAGCAAUCACAAGUGUGAUAUUUGCAGCUCCUAGAUGUUCAGACAUUCCAGAACUUGUUGAUGCUCGAAAAAACUUUACAGCAAAAUAUGGAAAAGAGUUUGCUUCUGCAGCUCUUGAGUUGCGUCCUGAUAGUGGUGUAAACCGCAUGAUGGUUGAGAAGUUAUCUGCUGUUGCACCUGAUAUUCAGACAAAACUGAAAGUAUUAAGUGCUGUAGCAAAAGAACACAAUGUCAAUUGGGAUUCAACUUUAUUUGAAGAGGCAGAAUCUAAACCUAAGGAUGACUUAUUGAAUGGAUCUGUGAAUUUUGAGAAUGCGAGCAUGAUGAAUGUUGAUUCUCCCAAAAUCCAAAGUUCAAAUAUCCAAAAUGUGCAGAGUCAUAUACAAAAGCUGAAUGUAACUGAUGAUUUCACUCAGCAAAAUAGAAGAUACACAUUAGGUUCUCAGAAUAUUACCUCAGAUGAUACAAACCCUUCAGGAAUGGCAUCUGAGAUGAUGAACAAGAGGCAUUCGUUCCAUACCAACACCAACAAUGCUUCAUCAGGUAGGGAGAACAACUGGAACAUGGAAUUCAAAGAUGCCACGUCAGCAGCACAGGCAGCAGCUGAGUCAGCAGAACGUGCCAGCAUGGCUGCUAGAGCAGCUGCAGAACUCUCGAGCAAGGGCAAGAUUGGAAGCCCAAAAGUUUCAACUACUUCAGAAGUUUUUAAUCAACAUCAAUUCAAAGCUUCAUUUAAUAAUAACUCAUUCAAUAACAGAAACUCAAAGAUACAGAAGAAUCCACAAACAGAUCAAAGUGAACAUGAUACUUCACCAAAAUCUAGAAUCAGAAAGCAAACGAGUCAUCAACAAGAUGUGUUUGUUUCUCAUCAACAAAAAGUUAGUCAAAGAACUGUUGUUGACCAAGGAAACUUUUCUAGAGAUGAUGAAACGGAUUCCGAUGAUGAUGAAAACCCUAAAUUCGAUACAGGAUUUGAGUAUAAUGAAGGAGAUGCCAAGUCAUUUUUCCCAUCUCCAGAUAGAGAAGAAUCUAGUCAUCCACUACAAAAUACACACAUUUCGAGCCCUAAACAAAAAACACAAAAAGUUAAUUCUAGGAAAACACGAAUUGAGUUGAAUGAUUUGGUCGAAAAGGAUUCCAGGGUUUCACUCAGAAACGAGAAAAAGAAAAAAGAUACAGAAAUAGAACCACAAAUUGUUGAAAAAAAUAGCGAGUUUUUGAAUCAAGGUGAUGAUUUGGAUACUGGGAAAGAGUUAAAGUUUGGGACAUUGACAGGUGGACUUCGGAACAGUGGUGGUCUUAAGUACACACCCCAUACGAAGGGUGGAAUCACUGAUUCCUUUCCUUUGUCAAAACCGAAUUUUUUCAAUUCAAAAGAAAGUGGAUACAAAAACAAAAAACAGAGUGUUUCUAUGUCAAGUUCGGAAUCGGAAUUGGAAUCAGAUGAUCAGAGUGACAAAUACGUUAAAAGUAGCACAGUAAACGAUUCCUCCUCAUCUUCAUUCAAAAAGUUGGUUGGCCAGACAUCUAAACCGAGUUCUUUCAAUUCAAGAGCAAGCGGAAUGGAAAAGAAAGAACCGAGUGUUUCUAUGUCAAGUUCGGAAUCGGAAUCAGAUGAUAAAAGUGACAAAACAGUUAAAAAUAGAUCGCGAUUCGCACCUCCGGAUGUGUUCUUUAACGAUGGCGGAAUCACUGAUUCCGAUGAAGAAGUUGUACUGGCUACAAAACCGACUUCCACAGGGUUGUCUCGUAGGACAAAGGGUUAUGUUGAGGCCGAGGGUAAGACAGUAAUUUCCAAGGCCAGUAUGCAUCCUUCUACAAAUGAAUCUCCAACUAAAAGGAUUUCUGAACAUCCUCGUAAGAAGAUUGUGGAAUCAGGAAAAUCGGAAUCACCAAAAGCCUCGAAUCUGAGCUCCCAAACUUCACUUGAAGGAAAUGAUGUAAAGAAACCAAGUCAUGUUCAUCCAAAGCUUCCUGAUUAUGACUCUCUAGCUGCUCGUAUUCAGUCUCUACAAGCAAAUCAUCGAUGA